AUGGAGGAUGAAAAUUGUUCAGAAUGUUUUAUUUUUGAUAAAUAUUUAGAGAAUAAGGGUACUAUCGAACCGGUUGAACGACAAAUAAACGACCUAAGUUUUGAUAGUUUGGGUGACACUAAGUACAUACCCAUGACAAAACAUUAUUUUUCGAACUGCAAAAGUUGUAAUUCUGGUUGCUCUAAUAGAAAUGUGUUUUUUUUAGGAAAACAACAGAUUAUAUAUGAAGAUUAUGAUGAUAACGGUAAUUUUUUUGAGAUUCUUCAAUUAGAAUUGGUCAAUCGUAAUACUGCUGUUAAAUAUUUAGAACAGACAAGACAUAUCAAUGGUAAUAGUAGUUCUAGAAUAUUUGGGCGAUCGAAUUUUCAGGAAACUGGUAGAAUAUAUCCUGAUAUCCCAACUUCCAUUGCAAAUUCAGAAGGAUCUAUGAAGACAAUAUUUUCAGACUCCGACGUUAGUGAUAUUGCUGUGACGCCAAAUACGAAAGUUUCUUAUAGUUCUCUUCCACAGAAUACAAGUACUUUGAAAACUUCAAUUCAGAAAUCUUAUUAUACUACAAUACUAGAAAUAUUCCCAAAAUUAUUAAAUAAAUGUAACCUUUUAUCGCUUUCGGAUAAUCCAAAGGUUAAAGGUAAGAAUAUUUUCCAUAGUGAUAUACAAAGCUUACAAUUGCAACAUCCACGUAAUAAGAUUAAGACUAUUACAUUCAAAAAUAAAACAAAUACUUCUGUCAAGGAUUCAUGGACUACUGUCUUAGAGAAUAUCAUGCCAAAAUUUCAAUCUAAAACCGCAAAGAACAGUCAUAAAAAUGAUAAUGCUGAGCUGAAGCAGACAUACUAUGGUUAG